CUUGGGCUGCUUACCACCUUAACGAGGGUCCAGACAAAAGAUGUACCUAAGAACGUUAGUUCCCACAUAGCCCGAUCCACGGCACAUUUAGCGCAUUUGAUUGAUCUUCAAGAAGAGAUGGUCUCGCACUUGGAAGCGUACAUAGAACAGUUGGAAGUCAAGAAAGCCAACAUACUUACGGGUAUAGAAAUGAUGAAUAAAUUUCAAAACGAAGCAUGGACAAAUGUAACAGACUUUGUGGCAAAUCCUCUAAAUAGCUUCGCGCUCAUACGCCACAUGCAGUCGGACUGGGCGUAUUGGCAACUGUAUAUGGAGGAGCCAGUGGGGGAGGAUCAUAUGAAAAGUAUACGCGAUAAUUUGGAUAGCCUCCCAACGGACGUGGAUCUAAGAGAUGCGGCAAUGGGCAUUACACUGAUUCAUGAUUAUUACCACUUGGAUGUUAAGGAUGUGGCGCGUGGCUUGUUGGCUGGUGUGCAGUACAACGCUACCUUCUCGGUCAGCGAUUGUUUUUGGAUAGCGAAAAAUGCAUAUGAGAACGGACAUUUUAAAGGGGCGGAGCAAUGGCUUUUGGCUGCAUUGCAGGCAAACAAAUCGGAAGAGGACCCGGAACCAACAGAAGCAAACAUCUACGAAAAAUUGGCUGAGGCGCGCCUUGCAUUAGGCAUGCGUGCGGAGGCGCUUAAGGACUUGGAAGCUGCUUUGGACUGGGCCCCAACUAAUGCGCGUUUACUGCAGAAAAAGCAGGAGCUGCGUGUAGAUUUGUUGAUGAACACCACACAGUCUCCUGAGGUGAUGGAUUUUCGUCACGAGGACAUGUGCUGUAGUGGCCUGUGUAGUCCGCGUGUCAAGAACAUGUUCUGUAUUUAUUAUGACGCGGGGUCGCCAUAUCUGCUACUGGCACCCGUCAAAACAGAGCUCUACUCCCUCGACCCCUAUGUGGCGCUCUAUCAUGAUGUCAUUUCGCCCAACGACGCCAGCUUUAUACGCGAGACGCACAAAUUGCUCCUAACACCAUCCGACUCCUACGAUGUUUUUACAAAUACUUCCAGCGUUUCUGACUAUCGCACAGCAAAGUCCGUGUGGUACGAUCCAGAACAGGACGAGGUGAUCCAGAGGAUUGAGCACCUCGUUGGUGAGCUCACGCACACAGACACAAACGCUUCGGAAAUCUAUCAGAUAAUUAACUAUGGCAUAGGCGGCCACUUUAUUCGACAUGUGGACUAUCGGCAAGUCAAGCGAGUUUUCAGCGAACCCGAUCGCCUAGCCACAAUGAUAUUCUAUCUGAGCGAUGUGCCCCAAGGCGGCGCUACAUUGUUUGGCAAAUUGGAUCUCGCAGUCUUCCCCAAGCUCGGUUCAGCCUUGAUGUUUCAUGUCCUGAACAGUACGGGCGAUUUUGAGGAUAAAACUGAGCACACGGGCUGUCCCGUCAUAGUUGGUUCCAAGUGGAUUAUGAACAAGUGGAUACAAUAUUUGGGCCAAGAGUUCAAGAGACCAUGUCCGGUUGGUGGAGACCACAAAAAUAUUGCUUACGAGGUCCAAGAUUUGUAAGAGAUGGAUAGAAGAACGUAUUCAAUCAAUCAAUUUUGUCUCUUCAACAUUUUUCAUUUAUUUUUAUUAUUAUUUGUUAAAUCUUAUUGCGAAUUAGCCGGCGCUACAAUCAUUUACAAAUUAUUUGUGCACAAUUUCGAAGUAGAAUACAUUUGAACAUAUAAUUGGUAUUAAUAAAUAAUAGUUGCUUAGACUCAUA